AUGAGCACGGGAUUCACCGCUGACACCAUGGACAUCCCCGUGCCUGACCCGCUUGAUUCAACUGAGGACUACACGCCUGCCCUGGCCACACAGGUGGGUGUGUUGGGUGUGCUUGCUGUGCAUGGCAUCUCAUCCCCAUGCAUGAUGAGCACUGGCUUCAUGGCUGUUACCAUGGACAUCCCCGUGCCUGAUCCGCUUGACCUCACUGAGGAUUACACUCCGGAUCUGGCCACACAGAUCCCAUGGGAGCGCAAGGAGGCGCGGGCAGUGUUCCGCGGCAAGACCACGUCGUACCAGCUGAUCGACGGCAACUGGGGCGCCAACCCCCGUAUUCGCCUGCACCGCAUCUCCGACGCACACCCUUCCCUCAUGGACGCGCACAUCAACAGGUGGUCUCACUCACGGGCAAAAGCCCAGGAGGCGAUGGUGAAGGAUGGCGUGGUGACGGCGCCGCGAAUGAACUUCACGCAGUUCAACGCGUUCAAGUACCAGGUGCUCAACGCGUUCAAGUACCAGGAGCCUCAGGUAUUCGUUUGA